AUGUCGUCCAGAGAAGAUACACCGUCGCCUUUGCCUGAAGCCGUCAUUGAUCGCAAUGGCAUUGACGAAAAUACUGUAUCGGACGUCACACUGAAAAAGUUGCUGAAGCGCGAGAUCGAAUUACAGCUCCAGAUCGACGCAUUACUUACAGAAAUUGCCCAGCUGGAGGAAAAGUGUGGCAAGCAAGAGAAAGACGAAGACGUCGACGAGCAAGAUCUGGAAGAAUUUGAAGCGCCUGAAUGGUGUGUGCCUAUUAAGGCCAACGUCAUGACGUUUGACUGGGAUGCAUUAGCAAAAGAAGUUCAGUUCGAUGUGAUUGUAGCUGAUCCGCCGUGGCAGUUGGCUACCCAUGCACCCACUCGUGGUGUGGCGAUUGCUUAUCAGCAGCUCCCUGAUAUUUGCAUCGAAGAGAUUCCUAUACCGAAACUGCAAAAGAAUGGCUUUAUUUUCAUCUGGGUCAUUAACAACAAAUAUGCAAAAGCGUUUGAACUGAUGGAGAAAUGGGGAUACACAUAUGUCGAUGAUAUUACAUGGGUCAAGCAGACAGUCAAUCGACGCAUGGCCAAAGGUCACGGUUAUUAUUUGCAACACGCAAAAGAGACAUGUUUAGUAGGGAAAAAGGGCGAGGAUCCACCCAAUUGCCGUCACUCAGUUGGAUCCGAUGUUAUCUUCUCGGAAAGACGAGGUCAAAGUCAAAAGCCUGAAGAGCUCUAUGAGUUGAUUGAAGAAUUAGUGCCCCAUGGCAAAUAUCUGGAAAUUUUUGGACGAAAAAACAACUUGAGAGAUUACUGGGUGACCGUCGGAAACGAAUUAUAA